CCCCAGCAACAAGCAGGGAGCCCGGAGGCGGGCGCGGCUCGGAGGGAUCUCACUGCUUCAGAUCUCUCACUGCUGGGAAAGUCCUGGGAGAGGGGCGAACCAGGCCUGGGAAUUCAGCGCCCGCGGAGAGAGGGACAGGUCAGGCCCAUGAACUCCAAGCCCCACUGCCGCUUUCGCCCCUCCUAACCGUUAAGCGCUCUGAGGGCCAUGGCUGAGGUGCACGUGAUCGGGCAGAUCUUGGGUGCCACAGGUUUCUCGGAAAGUAGCCUCUUCUGCAAGUGGGGCGUCCACACAGGGGCGGCAUGGAAGCUCCUGUCUGGCGUGCGGGAGGGCCAAACACAGGUGGACACCCCCCAAGUAGGGGACAUGGCCUACUGGUCCCACCCCAUCGACCUGCACUUCGCCACCAAAGGCCUUCAAGGCUGGCCCCGGCUCCAUCUCCAGGUGUGGUCCCAGGACAGCUUUGGCCGCUGCCAGCUUGCAGGCUACGGCUUUUGCCACGUGCCCAGCAGUCCAGGCACCCACCAGCUGGACUGCCCCACGUGGCGGCCCCUGGGCAGCUGGCGGGAGCAGCUGGCACGGGCCUUCGUGGGUGGCGGGCCUCAGCUGCUGCAUGGGGAUGCCAUCUACAGUGGGGCCGACCGCUAUCGCCUGCACACAGCUGCCGGUGGCACCGUGCACCUUGAGCUGGGCCUACUGCUGCGCCACUUCGACCGCUAUGGCGUUGAAUGUUGAGGGACCCUGCCUCCGACGGCCAACCCGCAUCCACACCCCUGGACCCAGUGAGGGGCAGGAUGGUACAGUGGUCAGAAGUGUGGGCUCUGGAGACUGUCACACCUGACCCCAGCCAAGGCAUGGCGCAGCUUCUGUCCUGGCUACCACCUCAGCCCAGUGGCUGCCCUCUCAGGUCCAGUUUCCCCAUCUGUAAAACCGGGGCAGUAAGCACGUGGGGUCACAGAGGGAGGGGUGAGAAGGGGCUGCUUGGCACAUGGAAGUGCUCAAUAAAGGAGAGCAGUUCCCACCAGUGUGGGUGCCUUCCUGACCUCCUUCAUCUGUCGGAUGUCCUGUGCCCCAUCCUCCCCGACACCUGCCAUCCUCAGGCCCCCACCUUCUGACAGACCCGCUACCGCCAUCCUCUGCCUCAACCUCUGACUCCUCCCCACUCUGGGUUACCCUCUUAUGACUGUCUCUCCUUGGGGGUCCCCCUCCUCUGUCCCCCUCUCCCCAGUGGGUCCCCGUCUUCUGGCUGACCCUGUCCCCUCUGCCUCAGCCUCCCACUCUCUCUGCCCGGGGUCCCCCUUCUCUGAUCCCCUGUACGCUGUGUCCCCAUCCUCUGAUUAAGGCCAGGUCUUCAUUUUCUCGCUGACCCGCACAGUCCUCAAAGCUACACGCAUCCCGGUCGUUGGGAGCGCUUUGGUAGCGCUCGGCCGCCAGGAGGCAGCACCCUGUUUGUGGGGCGGAGCCGGGGUGCCCGCCCCCUCCCCCCAGGGCUUAAGGGACCCCCCUCGGAGCCCGCCCACGCGAGAUGA